CCAUUGAGUUCUAUAAUUGAGUUAUUAUAGAACUCAAAGACUCAAACGCUCAAACAUUGAAUUAUAAAUGGCGCCAUAUUUAAGUUUUUGAAGAAAACUUUUAUCGAUUGCGGGCUGUCGAUUUUUAUCAAAAACCGUGGCUAUUUCUUCACAAAAGAGAUCAUGGCACUUCAAUUUAAUCCACCACAAAAGGUGCGUGGUAUGAAAAUACUUAACCGUGAAGCUUUUGCUGUAAAUUAUAAAGUUCCAGCUCUAAAAAUCGAUGCUCAAUUUUGCUCAGUCAUUUUGAAACAAUUAAGUGGAUGCCUAUUGAAUAAACCAAGGCUUAAAAACAUUGUUCCAGAUUCAGAUAAAGACUCGAAAAAGAAGAUUGUUCUUCUUGAUCCGACAACUUCAUUUUCCAAGAAACAAAAGGUGUUGAUAAAAGAUGGUAAUUGCGAAGAGAUUUCAUACGAAAUUGUCUUAAAUUAUGCAUAUUGGAGCACUGAUCAGAUACUCAGGGCUGUCCUACCUGAAAAUAUUCCAGAAGUUACUACUGCAUUUGAGGCCAUUGGUCAUAUUGCUCAUAUGAAUUUACGGGAUUGCCACUUGGAUUAUAAAUAUUUAAUUGGCAAAGUAAUUCUAGACAAAAAUUCUCCUCAAAUAAAAACUGUCGUCAACAAGUUAAACACAAUUGAUGAAACAUAUAGAUUUUUUAAAAUGGAGUUGUUGGCCGGUGAAGAAAACAUGAUAACCACAGUAAAAGAACAUGGGUGUACAUUUACGCUUGAUUUUUCUAAAGUAUAUUGGAACUCUAGACUACAAAGCGAACAUAAGAGGUUGGUUGACAUUUUUCAAAAGGAUGAGAUAGUAUGUGACAUGUUUGCCGGGGUUGGCCCCUUUGCCAUUCCAGCAGCUAAAAAAGGUUGUGUUGUGUAUGCCAAUGACUUGAAUCCCAACUCGUAUGAGGCUCUUGUCCAGAACUGCCAAUUGAACCAUGUCAAAGACAAGGUUCAUUGCUAUAACAUUGAUGCAAGAUUGCUACUGAAGCAUUUACUGAAAAAUGACAAAUGUUUGUAUUUUGAUCAUGUGAUCAUGAACCUUCCUGCUACAGCUGUGGAAUUUCUGCAUGUCUUCCAUGAUUUAUACUCUGAUGUUGAAGGUGUAAAAAAUGAUGUUUUUGACGAAGUCAAGCUAAAACUGCCAAAGAUUCAUUGCUAUUGCUUUUCCAAAGCUCAUGAUCCCAUCAAAGAUGCAAAAAACCAAGUUUUGUUACAAUUGGGUGUGAUGAACCUGGAAAAUUGUACUGUUCAUAAUGUUAGAAAUGUUGCUCCAAGGAAACACAUGGUCUGUGUUACAUUUCAAUUGCCUCAAUGUGUUGCUUUUGCCCAACAUCGUGUUGCAGGUGGAUCAAAAACGUUGCGAAAGUGAAGAAUUGACGUAUUCCGAUGAGUCAACAAAGAGAACUAAAGUGACCACUUAAACUUUUUCCAGGAUAAGAAAGAUCGGUUAUUGUAGUGAAGAUGUGUGCAUUAUCGAAGUUAAAGUGGAAGAAUUUACGGUGUCUUCAUCAGGAGUGAUCUGGUGUUGAAUCCUUGAGUUCCUUAUAUACUCUAUCGUUAUGGUGCGUGCAUGAUCAGUUGAAGGUAUUCGGGCAUUAAUAAGGAUCCAUCAUAUUAUUUACCUCAAGUGUCUUUCAAUAUCUUUUCUGUCAAUUUCAUCCACAAUUUCUUCAUGGCUCAUGUUAGGCUUCUGACUUGUACAUGCUUCCUUUGAUUUUUCGACAUUCUUCAACUGAUUUCCAAUCCAAUACCCUAAAGCCAAUCCUACAAUCAGUAUUAUGAGCGCAAUCACUGGGAUGCACUUGAUAAUUGCUCGUAGCUUUCUCUUUAUCUUUAUUUGGGUAUCUUUGUAUAUUUGUCUGGGCAUUUCAUGUAUUUCCUCGAAAUUAUUUUGGGACGCCCGCAUUUGAUGAUCGUAAUCCAUAUUUCUACUGCAUGAGAGCAAUGCUUGGACUAUAUGAGUAUCGAGCGACAGUGUAAGUUUACCUUACACUGUCUAUUCUUGCAAUUUUAUAUUUGCGUUGCCUAAAUCAUCUCAUUGUUUGUUUUGAAUGUGAUAAUGGUCUGUUGCUUGCUUUCACGGCGUCCUUACAACAAGAGGGAUUUUUAUGUCCAUUGUCUUCGAUGAAAGGUGACCAAGUCAUAAAUACAACUGCAUGACAGCGUUUUUAUGGCGUCUUUUUAUAGUUGGAAUCUCGUUAACACUUUAUCAAAAAGUCGAAACUGUAAACUAUAGAUUUUGUAGUUUGUACUCCUCCAACACAUAUAUGUACUAUAAAGUUUUGAAAAACAUGAAAGUUAGAAGAUGAA